GGCCGCAGCAGCAGGGGGCGCUGCUCACCCUCCACCGCCAGGUAAGCGUCCAGGUCCACGUGCGCGACCCCGACUCUUCACUUUGGUGGUUUGGUGCUUUACGUCGGGGACGUGUGGCUCCGUCGAGGUCCGCCAUGAGCCGGCGCGAGGAACGUCCAGCCGUGAGUUCCCAUCGCUUUCGCUCCACUGACCUCGACGGCAGGCACGUGCGUCCAGGCGGCCGAAUGUGCGCGUGUCCUCCGCAGCAGAGCUCCAGGGCGGCCGUGCUGCCCCCCCUGUCCGGCCGGACCCUGCACCACCCCUCCUUCCUGCCUCACUACACCACCGCGCACUUUGGACGCCAGCGCAGGAACGGUCACAACCAGGAAGCCCACCCCAUCAUCCCAGCGGAGUUCUUCUACAGCGACCCCGCCAUGUGCCGUGGCACCAGGAUCCACAACGAAGUGACUGGCCUGAGGGUUCUGGAGUUUUUCAAGCUCAACACUCCGCCCCCAGUCAUGUCCGCUGGUCUGGCAACACCAAACAGACCAGACCCCUUCGGAUGUGGACCGCAUCCCAUGCGAGACCUGGGCAGCGCCAGCUGGAUGCUGCCACACCUCCGUCCAGUGCAUCCGAGGCACGUCAUCGUCCAGCUUUCCCAGGAGGAGGACCAGGUCAUCACCAACCUCCUGAAACUGCACCACCAGAGUCCAUUAGCAGGUUCUGAAAGCUCCAGCGCUGCUAAACUGGACUUUUUCAGUGCUGCAGGGCCACCUCUGGGCUUUAACUCCAGGCCGUUCCUCCAGGCGCCAGAACACCACACUUUACACCAUGAUGUGCAGCCGAGUGCUUGGUCCGAUUCAGAGCUGGAGGCAGCAAACACUCUCGUGAGUUGCUUUGUCUCAUCACAGGGCGAUGAAAUCUGCCACCAGUAUGAAUACGGAUGUGCAGAAAGAGGUCUGGGGCUUCUGCCAGACCAGCUUUCAUCCUCAGGCACUAACAGCCCACGUGGACCUGAGGCUCCGCCUGCAUCCAGUCCCCACUCACAGAGCGCCCUGGCUUCCUGUUGCAUGGGGCCGAAGGUGGACGCCAGCAGGCCGGACGUCGCGUCAGCGGAGGACGGGCUGACGUCUGGAGGUCUGGCAGAGGUGAGGGGUCAGACGCUGGCGGACUCAGAGGGGGACGCUGUGCAUGUGCUCUUGAGCCUCGGGGAGGUGGAGCCUGUUGGACCUAUGCAGUGACUGUAUUCAAGAGCAUGAUCACAUGUUUAUCAGUAUAUUAAACUCAGGUUCCAUAUUUUGCAUUUUGCAGUUUUUUUGCACAGCAUUUUUUUAAUGAAUACAUAACACCUUUUUUUCCAAGAAUGAGAAUUUAUUUCCCACUUUAAAUAACCAGUAUUUUCAUGCCUGUAUUGCACAAACCUUGUUCUUUUCUUAGUGUUCAAUAAAAAUAAUCCCCA